UUCCGGAUCUCGCGGGAUCUGGCAUCCAAGUCGUAAGGGCCGUAGAAAGUAGUGUCAAUAAAUGUGAAGAAAGGGCACCGGUAGUUUUACGUUUGGCAUCGUUGUGUUUUUGUAACGUUACGUUUAAAGUGAUUAAGGUAAUCGCGAACUCCUUAGCGUAUUGGCUCGUGAAAGAUUUGUUAAAGUUUUUUAAUUGUUGCGUAUAUGCAGGCGGAACCGCGUGCGGGCGGUUCCCACGCGUCCGUGCAACAAGUGUCAGACGGUAGCGGCCGAUUAUAACGGACAAAUAUAACUAAUCGAAAGACACGUGUUAUUAUAAACACGAUUAGUGCAUGGUGUUUAUUGUUUAUCUUGUGGGUAUUUUCAAUCCCGGUGAGGAUGGGUUGUGCUGUAAGCACCACCGGAGACAAAGAAGCCGCUGAAAGGUCCAAGAAAAUCGACAAAGAUCUGAGGGCCGAUGGCGAGCGGGCCGCCAGUGAGGUCAAACUCCUCUUACUUGGGGCUGGAGAAUCUGGCAAAUCAACAAUAGUAAAACAGAUGAAAAUAAUUCAUGAAACUGGGUAUAGUAAGGAAGAAUGCGAACAAUAUAAGCCAGUAGUAUAUAGUAACGCAAUACAAAGUUUAAUGGCAAUAAUCAGAGCUAUGGGGCAACUAAGAAUUGAUUUCGCUGAUUCUAGUAAGGCUGAUAUAGCUCGACAAUUCUUCACCCUAGCUUCAGCAGCUGAGGAAGGUGAACUUACUGGAGAGUUAGUGUUAUUAAUGAAAAGACUAUGGCAAGAUGCAGGUGUACAACUUUGUUUCACACGCAGUAGAGAAUAUCAGUUGAAUGAUUCUGCUGCAUAUUAUCUAAAUGCUCUUGAUCGUAUAGCACAACCUAAUUAUAUUCCUACUCAACAAGAUGUCCUUAGAACACGUGUGAAAACUACUGGAAUUGUCGAAACUCAUUUUUCAUUUAAAGGAUUACAUUUCAAAAUGUUUGAUGUUGGUGGUCAACGGUCAGAGAGGAAAAAAUGGAUACACUGUUUUGAAGGUGUUACAGCCAUUAUAUUUUGUGUCGCUCUCAGUGGGUACGAUUUAGUCCUUGCGGAGGAUGAAGAAAUGAAUAGAAUGAUCGAAUCAAUGAAGCUAUUUGAUUCCAUAUGCAAUAGCAAGUGGUUCGUUGAAACGUCGAUUAUACUAUUUCUUAACAAAAAGGAUCUUUUUGAAGAAAAAAUUGCUCGAAGCCCGUUAACCAUUUGUUUUCCGGAUUACAAAGGUGCUAACACUUAUGAGGAAUGUGCAUCUUAUAUUCAAAUGAAAUUCGAAAAUUUAAACAAAAGGAAAGAUCAGAAACAAAUUUACACACAUUUCACAUGUGCCACAGAUACAUCUAAUAUACAAUUUGUAUUUGACGCUGUGACCGACGUCAUUAUUAAAAAUAAUUUAAGCAAUUGUGGAUUAUUAAGCUAAGUGUUGCAAUACUCCAUUAUUUUAUAAAAUGUAAAAAAUCUUUCCAAAUGUUGGAAACAUAACAAUCAAUUUAUAGACAUGACAAAAGAGAGACUGUAUUAAAACUGUAAAGAAAGGGAAGGAAAAACAGUUUAUUAUCAUGUAAACACAUGUACUAAUCUUAUAAGACUUUUACUUUGACAUCUCAUUAACAUUUAGUAUAUCCUAUAUUCUUUUUUUUUAUUAGGUAUUUUUAUUUGCUGGAUCCUAUAUUUUUUAACAUAAUAUCCUUCUGUAUUAUUAUAUGUCGACAAUGAGUCAUUUUUAGUUUCAUCUGUGAAUUUAAUUCUGGGUUAAUGCGCGCAAUAUACAAUGUAUAUAUUUAUAUAUAUAUAUAUAUUGAUGAAUAUAUAUAUAUAUAUAUAUAAUAAUCACACUUAAA